GUCAGUUGGAUGGCGCCAGAGUAGCAAACUGCCUACCGAACGCUCAGCAGUACGCGUCAUCGUGCAUUAUUUCAUUCAUUUUUUAAGAUGGUAAGAAGAAAAGGACAAAAUAAAAAAUCAGGAAUGUCCCAAGGUUGGCGCUAUCGUGGCUGCUAGCACAGCAUAAAAAAUCAGGCACCAAGGAAUUCGUGUACUACAACAGAUCAAUUAGUACAAAUAAAGUGUUUUCGGCAGAAGAAGAGAAGACCCUUGGGGAUUACAUCGACUACGCGGCAAAAAAAAUUUCGGAUUAACAGUGGAGGAGGUAAAAAAACUAGCUUACGAGUUUGCGAAGGCUAAGACAUGGGAUGACAUAAGACAUAAAUAUGCAAAGACAUGGGAUGUCACUGAACCCGCAGGAAAAUCGUGGUAAUAUAAUUUUAUUUAAAAAAAUAAACUCUGUUUAAGAAAAUCGCUGGCCACGAGCAUGUCAUGUUCUUUUUGCUUCAACAAACACAAUGUUGGUGUCUUUUUUGAGAAAUUCAAUACAGUCUACACUCGAGAAUCGUUCACUGCUGAUCGAAUUAUCAACUUAGACGGAACAGAAAUUUCUACAGUACACGGUCCAACAAAGGUUGUUGCUUCGAAGGGUUCAAACAACUAAGCAGUGUUACCUAUGGCGAAAGAGUAAUCUUGACAACAGUGAUAGCUGUGGAUGCAAUGGGUUCUUCUAUUCCACCUAACUAUCUGCCUUGAUGAUAAUCCCAGCCUUUGACGAUAGGAGUACCGAUUGUAUUUCCUUACAUGUAUUUAUCGGCGGAGCCCGAGAGAGUUGAAAAUUCUUUGGAGUGGAGAAUUUCGCUAACACAGCCUGUUUUUGAUCUUUUGGAAUAUCGACCCUAAUAACGUUGGCCCAGGCUUCUGACAGAGGAGUGAACAGGUCCGAGCCCGGUGCACUGUCCGUCUGAUUGCGAGACGUGAGCCUCGACUUUACCCAAUGAGGUGUCGUACCUCUCGAGUGACGAUCAACACCAUCAUUUGGUAAACUGUCUCGAACUCAACUUUUCGAGUGGGGCGAGUUCCUCGAACGGGAAUCGCAAUGCUCGGUAUAAGACUCUCUGCAUGAGCGCAAGCGGAUUCGAGACGAGCGAAAAUGGCGAUGGUGUCGUCCAUGGCGAGCUCGCUAACGAGAAUAUGAGCGGCGUCUCUGAUGGGGAACGGAAACGUGAGCUGUCCUGGCGGGGGCAAUUACUACCCGAGCAAGAGUCCGAGCACCUCGAGGGGCUUCUGGAACCUGAAUGUCCUCGACGUUGACGGAGAUAACCUUGUCCGUACCCCGAACGCUACCGCUUCAGCUCCGAAACUUCACUUUGUAAACACUUUAACGCUUCUAUAAGCAUCUUCUCGGUCGGCCGAAUCGGCGUCGACGAGGUUCCGUGAUUCAUCGGAUCGUCGGACAUCCCAGCGGGAUUAAAAAGACGAACGAAGGAAUAAAGCGUGUGGUUACGUUCGCAGAGCAAAACGUAAUGAACUACAUGGAGGAAUGACGGAGCUGUUGCCAUUGAGGGCGCAAAUUUCGUUUCUUUAAAUUUGCUGUAGUAUGAUGAAGCAACUGGCGUUACUACAAGAUGAUCUCAGAGGACGAGAUAACGUAGUGCAAUUUAGUUUUGUUUACAAACAUUAUAAAACUGACUCACAUCCAAUGUGGCCGAUAAAACUUAUAUUCUAAAGAACUAUUCACUGAAUUCACAAAAUAGUUAUUAAUUAUUUGGAAUAAAGAAUUCACGAAAGAUAUUUUAUGAUUCUUUUGACAUUUCCAUUAAUUCAAAUCUUUAUUUACAUCAUCUGAGUUAUCCUUUUUCUCCGAUAAGACAGUUUCUGCUGAUUGUACCUAUAUCUCAUGAGACGAAUGUUUCCCAAAAAAAUUGCAUUAUUUAAUAAGCAUAGACAUUUUACGAUGGAAGUGAAUUUAGUGACUGAUGCCAGAAUUGAUGAAAUUUCAGCAGCAAAUGAACAUAUUCUUUGAGAGUCUGCAAGUACUUGCUGAUCCAUGGUUUGAUAUCCUAACGAGUCUCACGCACUCGGUGGAAACGAAGCGCAAACGAAAUUGGAACGCGUCAAACAAGACACAACUCCAAGAUGGCAAACACGGCUCACCUCGUGUGUCGACAGAGUUCACGCGAUCUGAAGCCGCAGAAGAGCGUAGACAGGUUGGAGAUGAAGGAGAUGCGAAGCCGACUUGUCGUCGAGAAUCAAAAGAGCAGCUCCGCCAUGAGUUAUGGGGCUACAAACGCGGGCUUUGACGACUCCAGCCCAAACACAAAGAACAAGUUGAGUGACGAAGGUGGGGGCAGUAAGCUGGGCAGCACUGAAGUUAAAGCCAUUUUCCGACCGGAAGCUGGGGAAGAUGAGCGAGAAAAUUGGGACAGCAAACUCACGUUUUUACUUGCAACCGUCGGCUACGCUGUGGGGCUUGGAAAUGUUUGGCGGUUUCCAUAUCUGGCCCAAAAAAAUGGAGGAGGGGCCUUUCUGAUCCCCUACUUUGUGAUGCUCGCGAUUGAGGGCAUUCCGAUAUUCUAUCUAGAGCUGGCGAUCGGGCAGCGUCUGCGGAAAGGAGCCAUUGGAGUUUGGAAUCAGGUAUCUCCAUACUUGGCUGGUAUCGGUGUAAGCAGUGCGGUGGUUUCGUUCAACGUCGCACUUUACUACAAUACUAUCAUUGCCUGGUGUCUGUUUUAUUUAGCACAGAGCUUCCAAUCGGAACUUCCCUGGUCGGAGUGUCCGAACAAAUAUUUCCAGAACGGAUCCUACGCUUCAGAACCUGAAUGCUUGAUAAGUGGGCCAACGCAGUAUUUUUGGUACCGUACCACGCUGAUGAUAUCGGAGGAUAUAAAUUCGCCAGAAGUUUUCAACUGGAAAAUAGCACUAGCACUUGUGGUUGCCUGGAUUCUAGUCUACAUGUGUAUGAUCAAGGGCAUCGCAUCAUCUGGAAAGGUAGUCUAUGUAACAGCAACUUUCCCCUACAUGGUCCUGAUAAUAUUCUUCUUUCGUGGAGUAACAUUACCAGGAAUGUCAGAUGGGUUACGUCACCUCUUCACGCCCAAGUGGUGGACGCUUACCGAUCCGGUUGUCUGGUUGGAGGCGGGGACCCAAAUAUUUUUUUCCCUGGGCUUAGCAUUCGGUGGACUCAUCGCUUUUUCCUCGUACAAUCCAGUAAACAACAACUGUUACCGUGAUGCAAUAACGGUCAGCCUCACUAACUGUUUUACCUCCAUGUUUGCCGGCAUCGUAGUUUUCUCAAUUAUAGGUUUUAAGGCCACGAUGGUCUACGAACAAUGCUUAGUUGACAGAAACGCUACUCUGGUCGGUAUUUUUGGGAACCAAGUUGACGUCAAUAAUAUCCCACCACCUGGGGCAUUUAUUAAUGUUCCGAGCGGACACGGAUCUCUUGAUAACAUCAUAAUGCCCGAAUUACCUGUGUGUGAUUUAGAGAAGGAGUUGGAUAAUUCUGCAUCAGGAACCGGAUUGGCAUUCAUCAUCUUCACCGAAGCGAUAAACCAGUUUCCUGGAGCUCAGUUCUGGUCCGUGUUGUUCUUUCUGAUGCUCUUUACCUUAGGUAUCGAUUCCCAGUUUGGAACCCUAGAAGGUGUUGUCACCAGCAUAGUGGAUAUGAAGAUAUUUCCAAACUUGCGAAAAGAAAUUCUGACCGGAGUGAUCUGUCUGGCCUGUUGCAUUAUUUCAAUGGGCUUUGCUCACGGUGCGGGCAGUUAUGUAUUCGUCCUCUUCGACAACUUUAGCGGAAAUUUUCCUCUCCUGAUCAUUGCAUUUUUUGAAUGUAUUGGCGUUUCAUAUGUCUACGGUUUGAAAAGAUUUGCUGACGACAUUGAACUUAUGACGGGCAAUCGUCCAGGUCUAUACUGGCUUAUCUGCUGGAAGUAUCUCAGCCCCUUAGCAAUGUUGAGCAUUCUGGUGGCAUCGUUCGUAGAGAUUGCCGUCGACGGAAGCGGUUAUCCCGCUUGGAUAGCCAGCAAGGGUAUUACCGAAAUUCACGAGUGGCCAUUAUGGGCGUUGUUAUUAAUCGCAUUCCUCAUCUCAGCCUCAGUAUUGUGGAUACCUGGUGUUGCCCUGUGCAGAUACUUUGGUAUCCUGAUAAUAGACGACAAUGAGAAGGCCUGGUUUCCUGCCGCAGAUUUGAAAGAAUUUCACGGAAUCGUACCCCAUGAAGUCACUGCAUCAGAGACGCUGCUUUUCUGCAUUCGGAGUGACGGAAGUGAAGGUCUUUGCUGCCCGACAGGAGGCUCACACGAUGAUGAUGAUGAUCUUACAUAAGUUCUGGGAGAACUGCUCUCGUACAGACUACUCGUGCCUACCAAGUGACUGAAAUCAAUAUCUUGAGAGGGGAAGAUGGAGAAGAUCGGGGUGAAAGAGAGAAAGAGAGAGAGAGGCAGAGAUGUGUCUAGACGAUAUACACGAUCCGGAUAAUACGGAUGAUACAGAUAUGUGAAAGGGAAAAGUUUUGUUACGUUUCAAUUUCCAGUAUCAUACGUGGAAAAAUUCAUUAAUAAGACGAAUAGAAAUAAAAUUAAAUCCUGUAAAGUUUUUGAAAAAAAUUCUAAUACUUUUUCAAAUCCUUGAAAACGUUUCGGAGGAUUCCGGUAAGAACAUGUUGGGAAUUAUUCAAUUAGUUAAACGUAUGACAAAACUGUCCACAAUCGAAUUUGGAAUUCUUUUCUAAUCUUUUUGAGUUCAUUUGACCAGUUUUUCGUGGAAAUCUAAAAAUAAUCUGAGUUUAGAUUAAAACUGAAAUAUCAAACAGAUUUCCAAAGUUGCUUGAAAAAAAUUCUACCUACUUUUGUUCUCAGAUAGGAUCACUCUUUUG